UCGAAGGCUCUAGAAUCUCUCCUUGGAGACAUGAUAUUGUAUUUGACCACACAAGCCACCACCGAACCCUGGACAUUGAUGACCACCAUCUGUGUGGACGCCAAAGAGUCACCAGCCCAGAUGAAGCCCAGGGUGAUGGGCAUGAUCCUGAGUGUCGCCGCUUGCCUUAUCGUCUCCGCCAACCUCCUGGUGGCCAUGGCUUUGUUAAAGCUGCUCCUUAGGAAGAGGACCCAGAGCUGGUGUUUCGUCCUUAACUUGGCCUUGGCAGACGCUCUGGUGGGCGUGGCCAUCACAGGGCUUGCCACAGAAGAUUUCAACAGCGACAAAGUUGGUGGCUCUCAGGACCAGCAGCAAUACCGUGUCUCAUCAUCUGGAGAUGCCUCUGCAAACACAACCACCAUGGUCUCUCCUCCGGGGAAGGCCCGCUGUUUGAUGCGGAUGGCGUUUGUGAUGUCACCUUGCACGGCAUCCAUCAUGUCUAUGUUUCUGAUCUCACUGGACCGUUACGCAGCCAUCAAAAUGCCACUGCGGUACUCGCUGCUGUCUGGGAAGGGAACAGCAUUUGGGUUCUUGCUGACUCUGUGGAUCAGUGCCUUCACUGUGGGAUUUCUGCCAAUGGUGGUUCCACAGCUGCAGACGAAAGACUACGAGGGGUUUUGUGCCUUCUUCUCUGUCAUCCAUGGAAAAGGUAUCAUCAUCCUAUUUAGCAUUUGCUUCUUUCCAGUGCUCCUGAUGUUUGUUUACAUCUACCUUGACAUCUUGAAGAUUGCACAAAGUCACCUAAAGCAAAUCUGCCAGGGUCAGCAGGCAGGCUCCAGGUCAGCUGAACGUGGUCAGGGUCAUGAACCUUACCGUCAGCACCAGCAUCAGCAACAGCAUCAUCAACAGCAUCAUCAACAGCAUCAGCAGCCGCCGCUGCGGUGUAGUUACUGGACUCAUAUAAAGGCUCUGAGGAUGGUGGCAGUGCUCAUUGGCUGUUUCCUAGUCCUUUGGUGCCCCUUCUUUGUGGUCUGCCUCGUGCACGUUCUGUGCAAGAGCUGUGAACUUACUCAUGUGUUGGAGAACCAUCUCUGGUUAUUGGGACUCUCCAACUCCCUUAUCAACCCACUGGUGUACGCCUUCUGGCAAAGGGAGGUGCGGCUGCAGUUAGCAGCCAUGUUUUCCUGUUUCUUCACUGGGAGGUCAAACACUGCAGGACGUCAAAGUGUCAUUAGAAGAAAUGACCCUCAGGAUCCAGUGCAAACACAGGAGGUCCAUGCUGUUGGUGGAGACAACAUUAGCCCCACACUGUUGAGGCCAGUAAUCUGCGAUGAUAGGGCUGACACUGCAGCACCAUUCAGCACUAUCAGCCCAUAAAGUCUAAGUAACUGUACAAUAUUGGUCUAGUGUUUUACAGUAUUGUUGACCACUCUAAACCACGGGACGUACUGCAAAAAGCCUUUUUGCAAUCUGAGUGUCAGGGCCCAAAAUGGAUUUUUAUCUAAAUAUAUAAUAUCUAAAGAUUCCUGGGAUCCAACCAAGGGAAGAUUUUUUUUUUUUUGUAACAAAGUGGUUGUAUAUUAGCCUUCUGUGUGGCCUGGUAUCAGCCACUUUGACAACAUGCAUUAAGUCUGUCACCCAGGCCCUUGGUUUACUGAAGAGCACAGCUAUAAACAGCAGCCAUAUCCACUUAAUGAUUGAGCUAAAGUCAGUGGUGAUAAUUAAUCUGAACUUUUAAUUCUAAAGACCUCAACAGAUCAGCAGUUGAUCUCCUGACCAUGACAUCAGACUUAUGAUUUGUUUUACUGUAUGCAUGAGUUUCUGUUAGUGGCACAGUCGAAAUUAUGAAGUGUACGUUUAAUAACCGUUGCCUUGUAGCCACCGUGCCAGAGCUGUAAUGUGGCGAACACACACUACAGUGUCCAUACUACAGUACUCUGCUCCUUUAUUAGCACUCCAACUCCGACUCAUUCAUGUAUGAUUACAGUAGUGGCUGUUCAACAGGCUUUUGUAAGCUUUAUAUUCACUUUUGAUAAUUAAAGACAAUCCUUGUGAAACUCAGCUUUUGUGUGAUCGUAUUUUGUUAGCUCUUACAUUGGUAGCAGAAGGUUAGAGAUGAGUUAGGAGACAAAGAGGAGAUAUAUGGAUGCAGUGAGGGAGGACAUGCAGAUAGUUGGAGUCAGAGUAGAAGAUGCAGAGAACAGGGAGAGAUGGAAUACAUAAGCUGUACAAUAGUCACUAGGGUGACCCACAUGGAAGUGUGCUGGUACUCCACAGUUUUCGAGCGGGAACAGUUGGUCACUACAAAAACAUAAACCAUGCUCCAAAAGAAGAAAACUCUGAACUACCUUCAUUUUACACCAACUUUAAGUUGUUAGACUCUCAGGUGUAUUGUUCCCGUGCGAUAAACGGCAGUAGCUUUAAUAUAAUCUUUCUUGGAUUAGAGAUGAGUCUGUUUUUCUUAUCUGUGACUCAUCUUAACUGCACAUGUUAUAUUUUAUAGCUACGUCAUUUAGCCAGUCAUGGAAACUUCCUCCGCUCCAUGAAUCUUGAUAAAUGGUGCGGACUUUGCGUGUCAGCGGCCUAAACCAACAAAGCUGGACAUGCCUGGAUUUCUACAUGAGGUCAGACAGGAUAACAUUUACUUUAGCAUGAGCGAUUGAGCGGAAUCAGUCCAGAUGGAAGUGGAGGUUGUUUGGCAGCUCAGGCUGUAAUUUACAUAACAAAGUUAACUUCUAUACAGCCCUUAAAUGAUGAAUCGCGGUUAUAAACAACAUCACAUAUAUAUGUUCUGUUUUUUCUGGUUUUCACAGACUCCCACAAUUUGACCUGCCCAGAUCCUCUGUAACAUACAGUAUAUGUAAACACGUGGCUGAUAGAAAACAAAAAUUUGGAGACUUUAAAAGACAAAAAAUGUUUUUAAAUUAGAAAUUACAAAUAAUCACAACAAAAAGUUUGAAAA